AGAGAACCACCCUCGCGAUAUCUCCUAGCAGAACGGGAUUUUGUCACUACCGGCAAGAUGGCGCCUGGUGCAGAACUUCAUAUUUCUGUUUGCCGGGAAGGUAAUCUGCCCGAACCCAUUUGUGCUGGCCCAAACAGAUACAAAUGCCGGUUUUGCACCAAGGUGGGAGAGUACCCUGGUCUGGUGGCGCACAUGCAGACCCAUGCAAGGUCUGCUGUGAAACACGGAGGGUAUAAAAUUUACAAAUGCUGCCUAGGAUGUGUAAAAAGCAACCACUAUCACUGCUGCUAUUGCAAGCGGAUUAUAAUACGCACAAAUUUGUUUGUUAACCACGUGGAGAAGUGUGGGUCAUCUGUUGUCCAGCGUGUAACAACAAAGCCCCAAGCGGCAUCUUUAGGUACCAAUCCAUCAACACCCCCGAGCUUGGCUGCACCAUCUUCAGCAGUCUCUGGUUCCUCGGUAAUUUACCUCCUAAUAGCGUCCCCUUCCCUCUCUGGUCCCACACCCUUGCUGGCCCUCAGGACCUGUACCGUUCCCAAACCAUCAACAAGUUUAUCCGCAUCAUGUAGACCUUCACCGGUCCCCAAAACAGGUGCCAGUACUUGUGCAUCUUCCAGUGCGUCUACAGCACCCGGAGUUGACCACAGUGCCUCGGCCAACCAGAGUUCGUUGAACAUUGAAGGCCCCGGUGCUACAGCUUCAUCGAGCCCCUUGACGCCACCCAGAGCAGAGGCUUUAUCUCCAACAGACAUUACACCCUCUGACGGCCGUGAUGUUAACGUCUCAACUAUUUCAACCCAAACCAUCCAAACCAUCCAAACCAAAUGCCCGAAAACAUGCAAAUCAAAGCCCAAGCUAACCACGUGCAAAUAUUGCAAUUUGACUUUGAACAAGAAAAACAUCAAGGUGCACAUUCAAAGACGUCACUCAGCGUCCCAUCCAGAUAUAACUGCAAACUACCAUCUGCCAUCGGUGUGCAUAGACCGCACUAAAGGCAUUUUUGCUGUGGGGAAAACUUUCACAGGACCGGCAACCCCCAUACAUGUUCAGAAACGCACUUGGGGAAGCAACCACCAAGUGACCUGCGAGUUGGAGAAAUGCAAACAGGAAUCUGAAUCUUCCCAAAGAAGUGGAUUAAUGGGGUUUCAGUGCAUCCAUUUGAAGUCACUGUCUUACUGUCCUAUUUCCUCCGAAUCCGAAAUCACGCUUAAUGAGGAAGUUCUUUCAGAUAUAGUCAGGAGAAAGUUGAUUUCUAACAAUAUGAAGAAAACCUGUCUCGCAAGAAAGCUGGUGGCUGGGUCUGAGAACUCCCCACUGAGUAAAGAAGUCGCAUUCGGCAGUGGAACGUCACAAGUAUUUGUAUCUGUGCUGGAGCCACACGCCUCACUGGGGAGAGUGAUGGUCUGUUACGACAAAAAGAAGAACACGUGGCGCUGCCCUUGUCCAAAGCAAAGGCGGUCCUGUCCUCACAAGCCCAUCGCCAAGUGGCACCUGUACCAAACACGGCCGGAGCUUUUCAUGAGAGAAAGAAGUCCUGACAGCGACGUGUUGGACGCCUCCGCAACAUCCGGUCCUCAUGAUGAGCAGAGCCCUGAAGGAGGCUCUCUCUAUUCACCUGAUGAAGACUUCAGCCAAGUUUUAUCUGAGGACACCCUGUAAUUGGAUUCAUAACUCCUGUGGUUGUAAUUUUUACAUAUCAGGGUGGUAAAUAUCCCAGAUAGAAUUCGCUGCUGUUUUUUUGGGGAAACUCAUGGGUCCUCUGGUAAUAGCAGUCCAGUCUGAAUAGGCAUCUCAACUAUUGGACGUUUUCUCUUCCUUUUAUUAAUAAUGGAGGCUGCAGUGAAGACGCUUUUGGGACUGUUUGUUAUUGUGAUAUCAAGAGAUCAGUUUCACAGUUAAAACUGAAUUUGUACCAUGUCAGGUGAACAAAAGAUGUAUAUACUAGCAGGCAGAAAAAGAAUAUAUAUAUUAUACAUAUAUAUAGUUUUUUAAUGAGAAUUUUUGAUACAAAAUUAAGAUUUGUUAUUGAAUAUGAAUAUGAACAUGCUGUUGGUGUACUUGCAUUUGUUUGCAUGGACUUUGGAAUGUGGAAUUAAAGAUUAAAG